GCGGGGCUUUCACGACGGUAGCUCGCUGCAUGUUAUUGUAAAAUAUUUUUGACCUUACUUCUAGGUUGUUGGUCUUUAAUUUAUUUAAGUGUACGCGUGUUAUCCCGUAAGGAAGAUGGUUAUUUUAAUUUCACUGCGAAUGUGCAUUGGUUUCCCACAGGGGCUGCGGAAUUCAGCAGGAUAUGACGGACUGUUCUGAAGGACUCCAUAAAAAAUCAUUAAUUGUAAGGCACUUCUGCUUGAGAGAAAGAUUCGCUCGUUUCUCACAUCAUCCAUCUGAGCAGUAGAUAUAGCAGAAUCAAACCGCCAGCAAGCUGCCCUAAAAAGCGUGUUUCUACUCAGUCAACUGAGCCUUUCUCGACCGCAUUUGCCAUCUGUCUCUCUAACCUUAGGGCAUCGAGCUAAGAGGGUCUGUUCGGAGUGGCGGGCUGAUUCCUCUUAAGAACAGAAAGUCGCGCACGGUCCAUCGAAUGCGAAUUCAGCGCACAUCAUUCAUAGUAAACUUAAACGCGACGGGGGCGCACAGCAAACUGUUUCUACAGACCUACAGGUGCUAACACAGGGAUCCAGUCAGCUGUCUUCGCCGUUUCAGCGCACAGGUGUAUGUAUUUACAAAAAUAAAAAGGGAGGAGUCAAAACAGACUGUGUUUUACAGUUUGCCGUCGUCGAGGAGAGGAAACAGGAGUGCUGACCAGUCAGUCAUUGUUUGAACUGUGUGAAACUGGAAAACACCUCCACCUGGUCGCAGAGGUCUCGACCGAGAGUCGCUGCCAUAAUCAUUAACCGAAAAGCAUGGACAGAUUUUCCUGAGACUAUCAAGCAGCGGGAACGACGGUGACACCAUGGCUGUGGAUGCAGGGUCCAGUUUCCAGUUCUGCCGGGCGGUUCUGGACCAUGCUCUCUCUGCUGAGGACCUCAGCUACCAGCGGUCCCGGAAGAUGGGUGGGAACCUGACCUGGCACGAUGGGCGGGGCCAGAAGACAGCGGGUGGCAGAGCCGUGAAACUCCUACAGCAGCCUGGGACCGAACCCCUGCAGCUGCGUUCCUCAGAGGCAUUAGCAGUGUAUCAUCCCAGCCCCUCCCUCUCAGGCCUGUCCCGCCCAGUGGUGCUGUGGAGCCAGCAGGACGUGUGCAGGUGGCUGAAGAGGCACUGUCCUCACAACUACCUGAGCUAUGUGGAGGUGUUCUCCCACCACGCCAUUACAGGGCGGGCAUUAUUGAGACUGAAUGGUGAGAAGCUGGGCCGUAUGGGGAUAGUACAGGACAAGCUGAAACAGGAGGUGCUCCAGCAGGUGCUGCAGCUGCAGGUGCAAGAGGAGGUGAGGAACCUGCAGCAGCUCAGCCGAGCUAACUGUAUGGGCGGUGGAGCACGGCAGGCCUGUCUCCCAGCUUCCUUUGGCAGCCUGUCAUAGCCCUACCCAUCCAGGACCCUUAAGAGGAAGCACUCGGGUCAGAUGGCCCCUGCCCUGCCCUGUGGAGAAAAGACGCUCUUUUGUAUCUUUUCUAACUGCUGAUUGGCUGACUAUAGCCUCCUGUUGAUGUAAAGAAAGCAGUGCUGGGAAUCCAAUAGAGGGGCUGCCUCUGGCUCACAGUGAUGUGAACGGGUGAGAUUUGCAGCAGCGAACAGCAGUGUGUACUGCACAGAACAGUAGCCCCGGGUACUUCAGCCCGACUGUUAAAGAGGAAUAAAUAAAUUAGUACCCAACUGCAGAGAAAGUCACACACGAGAGGAAUCCCAACAUGGACCACUUACAAACAAGGGCUUACCCAAAAAACUGAGAGCGCUGGAGCGUACAGAGCCUUUGAGCUUUUAGUCCAUGUAAUGAGCAGAACAUGAACACCUCUAUGAUGCCUUCCUCACUGUCCUCCUAUUUUAAAGUUACCCGAAUAAAGAUCCUUUGUCCGCUG